AUGGUUACACAUGAGCUGAACUCCCGAGAAAGCCUCUCAAAUGACAGUGAAACACUAGAAGGAGUGAAGCCUUCUCAACUAUACGAAAUCAAAGAGUGUGUUGGGAAGGGAAGCUUUGGAGAUGUUUAUCGCGCCAUCGAGAAACAGAGCGGAUCAGUCGUUGCUAUAAAAAUCAUCAACUUAGAAGAGACACAGGACGAUAUAGAAAUACUAGCUCAAGAAAUUUACUUCUUGUCAGAGCUGAGGGCACCUUUCGUUACAACAUACUACAAAACCUUCGUGGAAGAUGUUUCAAUGUGGAUCGUUAUGGAGUAUUGCGGCGGUGGGUCGUGUGCCGAUCUUCUCAAACAUCUUCCAGAGCAUCGGUUACCUGAGCAAAAAGUUGCAUUCAUUGUGCGGGAAGUGCUCUACGGACUUGAGUACUUGCACGCUCAGAAGAAAAUACAUCGCGAUGUCAAGGCGGCCAACAUACUAGUUACGGACAACGGCGACAUUAAGCUAGGAGAUUUUGGGGUCAGUGGCCAGAUCAUGGCUACUUUGAAGCGUACGACCUUUGUGGGUACACCUUACUGGAUGGCACCUGAAAUUAUUGCCAAAAGAGGCAACGGCUACGACGAAAAAGCGGAUAUUUGGUCGUUGGGUAUAACUGUCAUGGAACUUCUAACGGGUCAACCUCCAUACGCCAGGCACGAUCCAAUGAAAGUAUUGAUGAACAUUCCGAUUAGGAAACCACCCAGAUUGCACGGUCGUUUCACUAGCCCGGUCCGGGAUUUUUUAGCAUUGUGUUUGACUAAAGAUCCGGACGCGCGUCCUAAUGCAUCGGAGCUCUUGAGCCACAGAUUUAUCAGCAAGCUUACUUGGAGGGGCGCUGGUAACUUGAAAAAAGAAGUUGACCUUGUGCAACAACUGAAGGCGAGAACAAAUUAUUUGAAAGAACCUCGUCAUUGUGUUACAGAUAAGGUCUACGGGACGGGUGUUAAGAAAUAUCUUCAAACUUGGAAUUUCGAUAGUUCAAACCGAAAAGUUUUGCGACUACAAAAUUCCUACAGUUUCCAGGAGUUGAAGCCUCCAAAACUCAAUUCGGCUAUUUUGGAACAGCCAUCCCCGCGAAGCGACAAAAGUCCAAUCUCUGUUUUGGGAAGUGCUGAUGUCAACACUCCGAUAACUAACAUUACAUCUCCAGGGAUGAAAGAUUGCCGUCACGAAAAAGAUUUUGAUGUCUCAAUGGGCAUACACGAAGGUAAAGCUGCUCGAAAGAACGUCCUUCAAACGUCCGGCAAGGGCUUAAAUUAUUUUAAGCAUGUGGCUCUUUACAGCUUUGACAAAAUCUUCGAAAGAGCUCGCUCGGACGAUACAAAAAAUGUGGUGAGCAGGCUGAGAAAUCUUUUUGAAGAAGCUGAGAAAUCGCAGCCUGGAUUGAGUGAGGCAUUCGUUGAAGAAGUGUACAUCAGAAUGGAAGAAAUUAAGAGCUUCAUAGAUAAUUCCUCUCUAUAA